AUGGCUACUCAGCAGCUUUUACAGACCAGGCAAAAGAAAAAGUCCUCUAAGGAAUCGAUGGUGUUCCCCAGCAAAAUUGCCACUGAGCAGCAGUCUGUGGUGCUGGUGAAAAGACUUUUGGCCAUCUCUGUGUCAUGUAUAACAUACCUGAGAGGGCUGUUCCCGGAGAGCUCUUACGGAACUCGCUAUUUAGAUGACCUCUGUCUAAAAAUUCUUCGAGAAGAUAAAAGCUGUCUGGGAUCAUUGCAGAUAGUCAAGUGGAUUCAAGGUUGUUUUGAUGCUUUGGAGAGGCAGUAUUUACACAUUGCUGUCCUCGCAAUUUACACCAAUCCCAAGGAACCGGAGACAGUGACAGAACUGUAUCAAUUCAAAUUCAAGUACCAAAAGGAGAUGCCCCAGAUGGACAUCAUCAGCAACCAAAUGAACUUUGUGAAUGGGGUGUGCAGCGAGGAUGUCAAACAGGCCAGCAGGCUCCUGAUCCGUAAACUGUACCUGUUAAUGCAAAACCUCGGGCCGCUUCCCAAUGACAUUACCCUGACCAUGAAGCUCCUCUACUACAAUGAUGUAACUCCCGAAGAUUACCAGCCCCCAGGCUUUAGGGAAGAUGGCAGCCCUGGUGACCUGUUUUUUGAUGGCGAUCCUGUCAACCUGAGAGUAGGGUCAGUCUCCACUGGGUUCCACCUCAUGAAAGUGAGAGUGACAACUGAAAAGAAAAGAAUGGGGACAACUGAAAGCAACCUGAUCCAGAAGAAUGGCCCUACUGAGAUCUCCCAUCAAGGGUUAGACUGUGAUGAAGAGGAAGAGGAGGGGAGCACAAAGAAUCACCCUCUCCCUGUCAAAGCAGAUUCCAGUGACCGUGGAGAGGACAAAAGUGACACCCAUCCAGGCUGGAAAACGGAAGCAUCUUCUUUUUACUUUCAAGGUACAGGUGGAAAGAAGAGGACAGGCAUAAAGGAGACAGGCAGGAUGCCUUGCUCAAGGACAUCCCAGCAGAUAAACUGCCUGAACCUUGCAUUUAGCCAGGAAGAGGUAAUAGGACCCAAGAAGAAAAGGAAGGUCAGUGAACCAGAGAAGCUGCUUCUGGAAGGCAGGAAAUGGUGUUCACUCUGA